UAAAUCUAUCGUUUCAAUGAAUUUCAAUAGAAUUGACUAAACAGUCCAUCAUUUUCAUUUUUUGAUGGCAUUCAAAGAAGAAUCGAUAGCAGAAAAUUAUUAUUUCAUUUUCUCAAUAUUAUACUAAAAGUAUUGAAUCGGAAAUUCCUAUACUAUGUUUGAUAACUGAAUCAUAUUGAAAGAAAUAUUGUUAUGUUUCGAGCUGUGUUUAGCUCAGACGCUUGCUCGCUUGUAAUGUAAUCUUUUCUGUUCUAUGUUCUCUCGUUCGAAUCUUCAUCUAUGCACACUUUAUAUUCUCUUCUAAAAAAUUGUUGUGAUACGAUAUUCUAUAUACUCGUGCUAAAGUAAUAAUGAAUUGUGUUCAAUAGGUCGACCUUCUGCAACAAUUGAAUUAUUUUAAAUUUUUGUCAAAUAAAAAAACGCGUUUCGCAGCGUAAAAACAGAAAACUCUGAAACGCCGCUAAUAAAAACGAGUUUUCUCGUUUCUAAAACGAACGCUACGAAACGAUACAUACAUCACAGCGUUUUGCAUCAUUUUCUUGACAUGCUGUAAAACGCAUUAAUGCUGACCGGUUUAAUGCGUUUCGCAGUUUCUCUUAAAGAUGAUGCGAAACACUGCCGAACGCUAUUCGUUUCCAUCCGUUCCGUAUACAAGGUGUGAAACGCGUGAAACCGGUCAGCAUUAACGCGUUUCGCCACUAUGGAGAAAUGCGUUCUCGGAACGCAUUUUUUUCGCAGAAAUUUAUGCCAUGGGCUGUAGAUCAAAUUGCAUUGUGCCCACAGAAAUUCUUUCACAAUUCAAAGUAAACCAAAGUAUUUGAGUUGCUUUGAAAAAAGAUUGGAGACAAAGAAUCCACUUGUAAUAGUAGAAAAUAAAUAAUCAAUGCAAUAGAUAUUUUGAAAGACGAGGAAAAACCAAAACAUAAGAGAACUAUAAAAUAUCGAAUUUUGCUGCUACCGUGUGAUGUAUCUGGUUUUGAAUAGUGUAGCUCGUUAUCUAUUGAGUUCGAUAAAGGAUAUAAGAUGAAUUUAAUCGUUUAAUCUAAGCCUCAUAUUAGCUUGAUAUUUAGUCUCAAAUAAUAAAUGAAUCGAUGCAAUCUGUUCGAUAUCUUAUCGACUGUUGAUCUUCAACUAACGAGCAAAUACGUGAUCCGUAUUCUUCUGAAAGAUUAAAUUUAACAAAAAAGUAAAAUAGCUAUCAUCUUUAUUUUCUUCUAGAUGAUGCAAGUGGAUCAGACAUCACUAUUUUCCAACAUAAAUGGCAACGCGUUGGCAUGUAAUAGUACCAUUGUUUAGCAAACUCACUCUUUAAGAGAGGGUUUGCGAGAUCACCAACAGAGUGGACCGCUGCUAAAAGUUUUUUUUGGAUCCUUUUAUUGCAAACGAAAGAUCAUAUUGAGAACCCUAUGAAUCCAAAAUAUCACGUUUUUCAGACACACCUAUGGAAAAUAGCGAAGAUAAAAACUUUUAAUAUUUGGUGGAUAGACCAUGAAAUUUAAAAAGAAAGUGAUCCUCAAUAGUCAUUAUCCUUAGUAGUUAGCCGUUGUACGGACUAAGUUUGUUCCAAAUAAAAAUCUGACUACAGAUUCAUGAUCAGCAUCAAAGACUGGACAUAUAGAAACCACUUGGUUGAAUAUACACUCGAUAAAAUUGAAGAAAUUAACUUGGGUAUGGAGAUGCUGAACUCAUCACAGAUUGCGUACUGAUAGGUAUCAUAAGCCAAUAGACUUUAAGCUUUGGAACAAUCUUUUUAAUUUGCUUAGAUUUUGUUUUUAUGCGGAGAAAAUGAAACGUUUUUCUCACAUGCAUGCUAAAUCGAUAUAGACAAAAAUAUUUUUGUUUUUAUUUUAAAUUUUCAGGAUGAUGAUGAUACUGAUUAUCCACCAGAUCCGACAUCUGAUCUUUCACUUCCUCGUCGAUGUGUAGCAAAAAUGACAACAAUUAGUAAAGAUCCUUCAUCAAAUAUUAUUAAUCGCAAUCCAUUAGUUCAUUCACGUACACAUAUUGCAACAGAUGAUGGAACUUUUGAUGAACUUAAUCAUUUUGUAUCACCAUCACGAUAA